AUGGCAAAUCUACCAACAAUCAAAACAAGGAUAAAGAGUGCUGGUGAUUAUCCUUUGAAGGGAGAAAGAGGUGAUUUAAUACUGGAUAAAUCGGCGAGAAACUUAAAAUCGUUAAUUUGCAACAAAUCUCGUUUCAAUGAUCCAAGAAAAUUGUAA